UUGUUGAGUCGGCCCCGGCAACAGGUCCCAUCGUCACCUGCAGCUGCUAAACGGAUGAACAGCAAGGCCGCUGAACCAGCUGUCAUGCAGUUCUCCCUGUGCAAGCUGCGUACCCACCAGUGGUGCUUCCUCCUCUUCAACGUGCUGCUCUUCCAUGCUUUGUUGUUCGGGGCGGAUUUCGUGGAGGAGUACCUCCUGCAGCCCACGCCCGGGGUUUACGCCGACGGCGCGGUGGUGGGCGUGAGGGAGAAAGCGCGAAAGCUGGACCUGAGCGACGCCAAGGAGAACGUGUCCCGGGCUUAUCCCGUCUCCAGUCCCCGCGCGUGCGAGAACUCCCGCCUCUUCCUCCUCACGCUGGUCUUCAGCUCCCCGGGUAACGUCACCCAAAGAGACGCGGUCAGGAGGACGUGGGCCAACCAAACGCUGGUCCAGGGGAUUCCAGUUCAGACCUUGUUCUUCUUAGGAUCCACUCAGAGCUCCGCUGAACAGGAGGCCAUCACGAGGGAGUCCGAACGUUACGGGGACAUGGUGCAAGCUCACGCUGUGGGAGGGUCAACCGAGUGGACAGUCCUGGCCCUGCGCUGGGUCAUCGCCUUCUGUCCCCUGGCGCGUUUCGUUCUGCUCACCAAGGAGUCCGUGUUCAUCAACCUCCCCGCCCUCGGGGGCUACCUCCUGGGUCUGCACCGGCACCCGGAGGACCUGUAUCUGGGUAGGGUCAUCCAGAGCGACUCUCCGGACAGGGACCCCAGCAGCCCCUGGUAUCUGCCCCGGGCGCUCUACCCCGACAGGCACCUGCCCGAAUACUGCGAGGGCACCGCCUACGUCCUGUCCCAGGACGUGGUGCGCAAAGUCUACGUGGCCUCGGCCGGGGUCCUGGCGCCCGUGCCGGUGGACGUGUUCGUGGGGCUGUGCGCCCGGAGGGCCGGCGUGGCGCCCACCCACAGCGCCAGAUUCUCAGGAGACAGGCACGUCCACUACAACGCCUGCUGCUACCGCCACCUGUUCAGCUCUGCCGGGAUGGGGGCCCACCAGUUGGAAAGAGUGUGGACGGAUCUGCUCCAGAAGGGUGGAAGGUGCUCACUUCUGAAGACCUACUACGGGCUGGUGAUGUGCAAGACGCGCACGUACCUGAGUAAGCUGCCCUUCUUCAGCACACAGGGGGAAACUUAAUAGUCAGGCUGAAAGAUAUGAGGUUGGGAGAAAGAAAUGUAAUAAGCUAGUGUUGUCC